AUACAGCUGCUGGUACAAGCCAAAGUGAGACCGACUCAGCGGACUGACAGAGUCCGGAGCCCGGCCGUGUGCACUGGGAAUCGUGGGUCCCUGAAUGCAGCCCGGUUCUAUGGAAGAAACACCCUCACUUUUAUGGGGUUUAGAUCCUGUGUUCCUUGCAUUUGCAAAGUUGUACAUUAAAGAUAUUUUAGACCUAAAGGAGUCCCAUCAAGUACCUGGUAUAUUCUUCUACAAUAACCAUCCCAUCAAACAAGUUGAUAUACUAGGAACUGUUGUCUGCGUUAGAGAAAAGGAAGCGUUCUACAGUUAUGGAGUGGAUGAUAGCACAGGAGUUAUCAAUUGUACAUGCUGGAAAGCCUCUCCACCAGCAGGCCUGUCAUCUUCAGGGGAUCACAGAAGUACAGCAGGAGCUAAAGACCUUGAUGGCUUGAUGCAAGAAAUGUACAGACAAGAAAGCAGACAAGCCAAGUUGGAAAUUGGCGAUGUCAUCAGAGUCCGAGGCUGCGUCAAAGUUUUUAGAAAUCAACGCGAGGUGGUAGCAUCAACAUUCUAUAAAGUUGAGGAUCCUACGCUUGACCUGCAGAUAGCCAGGAUGCUGGAUCUCCCAUACUUGUACAGAAAUGUUUAUGACAAACCCUUUAUUGUCCCUGCUCACAUGACGGAUCCUUCCCAGAUCUCACAUCAAGUUGCCUUGUCGCGCUCCAGCCUCAUUACACUACUCAGUGAUAGAAUAAAGGCGUUUCUAGAAGAGAACAAUGUAUGCAACUUCUACCAGCGGGAACUGGAAAGCGUGCCCUCCUUACUCUCUGCUGCUACUGGUCCCAUAUCCAAUAUACAGAAUUGCUCAAGUGUUACCUCCAGUUCCAGAGAAAUUCACAACCUAUUCAAAGAAGCCAUUCACUUGCUGCAAGAACAAGGCAUGGUUUACCAGAAAGGCAGAGAUGUUUAUCAGGUAACAGCUCAAGAUGGGAAAUUAUAUAAAAUAACUCUGAACAUUAUUCAAGAGGAUUGCAAAAGACAAAGACAUGCUGAAAAAGGCUGCCACUUCCUUCACAUUCUGACCUGUGUACGACAGAGUUUUGGUUCCGGCAUAAGCGAAGUUCUGCUGCAGCGAGUCAUUGAUGCACUUGAGAAGAACAGUGACAUUAUCAGCACAAUGGAAAAACAUUACACUGCAUUCUGAAGACUGAGAGAUAGCUAUGCACCAAUGGAAAGAAAAGCGGAUUUCCUUUUUUUAAAUCUAUCCAAUUAUGAUAAAUCGGACACAAUAGUCAUUUUUAUAAUUGUUGCUCAAAUAUAUACAGUAUAUUUAUUUUUAUAACCAAGACAUUAUAAUAAAAUGUUUUAAUACAA